AUGUUGAUACAAAAAGUGACCGACUCGAAAGAUCUGCAGGUGCCCUUCAGCACGGCGGCAUCGCUGGGCUACGGGCUGCAUCACAUGCUGCAUCUGCCGCCGCAAUUCCUGCAUCCGCUCGAUCAUAGACUGCCCUUCGGCGGCUUCCGACCCUUGGUGCCGUCCGCGUUCGCGCCCCCCAGCAAGUGCCUCAAGGUCGAGACCGGGAACGGCGCGGUGCCGGGGAACGGCGGCCUACCCAGCAUCGGCUCGCUCUCGAGCAUGUCGAACAUGUUCUCGCCCACGUCCCUAUCGGGCGCCGGCGGGGGUGCGGUGGUGUCUGUAUCCGGUGCGGCGGCCGCCGCGGCCGCCGCCGCCGCCGCCGCGGCCGGCCAGGAAGUCGGCGGGCCGCAAAGUCCGGCCGGUUCCGCGAGCCGUUCGCCUACCGGUACCGGCGGUACCGGUUCCGUGCCGAAUCGUGGUGCAACUCCCGACGAGGAAGACCGCGACGCCAACGCCACACCGGGAUCCGAGAACACCGAGCGAUCCACUCCGGAGGAGGGACGACCGUAUAGACGUCUAUCAAUUUUGCCGAAUGAUGCGAGGGCGAGAAGACUGUUCGUAACAUCUGGCGGCUUGAAAAAGGUACAAGAAAUUCAAGCUGAUCCUGGUACCACCCUCUCGGAAUACAUAACAAUUAUUAACUGUUGUUUCCCGGAAGAGAUCGUCAGAUACUAUUCGCCCGGUUAUCCGGACAGCCUUCUGGAAGCUGUAGAGCAGUAUCAGCCGAAAUGUCUUUUCAGUUUCGAUCAUAAAUCGUCAUCCGAUAAUACGGAAGCCAGCUUACCACUUUAUAACGAUGAAGAACGCUUCUAAACUUUAAUUAUUUUUAUCAUUAUAUUCUGCUUGCAUAGUAAGAAGCAUUUAUGAAUAUAUAUUGUAAUUUUAAAAAAAUUGCUUUAUAAAGGUUUGAUCAAUUUAAAA